GUGGGUGUGACCCGGCUCCGCGCGGCGGCGGGGGGGCGGGGACGCCGGGCGGCUCGUCGUGGUCGGCGGCGGCCGCGCCGUGCAGCCGGGCGAUUGUGACCGGCGGCGGAGCCGGGCUGCCGCGGGCGCUCCCUCCGUGCGGCCCCCCCUGAGCGCCCCCCCUCCCCGGGUCGGGAGGGAGGCGGGGGGCACCCGGGGCCCGCCAUGAACCCCGGCUUCGACCUGUCCCGCCGGAACCCCCAGGAGGACUUCGAGCUGAUCCAGCGCAUCGGCAGCGGCACCUACGGCGACGUCUACAAGGCACGGAAUGUUAACACUGGAGAAUUAGCAGCAAUUAAAGUGAUAAAAUUGGAACCAGGAGAAGACUUUGCGGUUGUACAGCAAGAAAUCAUUAUGAUGAAAGACUGCAAACACUCAAACAUUGUUGCUUAUUUUGGAAGCUAUCUCAGGCGAGAUAAACUUUGGAUCUGCAUGGAGUUCUGUGGCGGUGGGUCCUUACAGGACAUAUAUCAUGUAACUGGACCCCUCUCAGAACUGCAGAUUGCAUAUGUUAGCAGAGAAACACUACAGGGAUUGUAUUAUCUUCACAGUAAAGGAAAAAUGCACAGAGAUAUAAAGGGCGCUAACAUUCUAUUAACGGAUAACGGUCAUGUGAAAUUAGCUGAUUUUGGAGUUUCUGCACAGAUAACAGCUACAAUUGCCAAACGGAAGUCCUUCAUUGGUACCCCAUAUUGGAUGGCCCCAGAAGUUGCAGCCGUUGAGAGGAAAGGAGGGUAUAAUCAGCUGUGUGACCUCUGGGCAGUGGGCAUCACUGCCAUCGAGCUGGCUGAGCUCCAGCCACCCAUGUUUGACCUUCACCCCAUGAGGGCAUUGUUUUUAAUGACGAAAAGCAAUUUUCAGCCUCCUAAACUAAAAGAUAAGUUAAAGUGGUCACAUAGUUUCCAUCAUUUUGUGAAGAUGGCGCUUACCAAAAAUCCAAAAAAAAGACCCACUGCAGAAAAGCUACUACAGCACCCCUUUGUCACCCAGCCACUGACAAGGUCUUUGGCAAUAGAAUUGCUGGAUAAAGUGAAUAAUCCAGAUCAUUCCACAUACCACGAUUUUGAUGACGAUGACCCUGAGCCUCUUGUUGCUGUACCACAUAGAAUUCCUUCAACUAGUAGAAAUGUGAGAGAAGAAAAAACACGCUCAGAGAUAAACUUUGGCCAGGUAAAAUUUGAUCCUCCCUUACGGAAGGAAACAGAGCCACAUCAUGAACUUCCCGACAGUGAUGGUUUUUUCGACAGUUCAGAAGAAAUAUACUACACUGCAAGAUCUAAUCUGGAUCUACAAUUAGAAUAUGGACAAGGACACCAAAGUAGUUACUUUUUAGGUGGAAACAAGAACUGUAUUCUAUAUAACGAGUCAUUGGCAAGGAGUCUUCUAAAGUCUGUUGAAGAAGAAUUACAUCAGCGAGGACACGUGGCUCACUUAGAAGACGAUGAAGGUGAUGAUGAUGACUCUAAACGUUCAACCAUGAAAGCAAAAGUCCCGCCUCCUCUGCCACCAAAGCCUAAAUCCAUCUUCAUACCCCAGGAUACACAUUCUGCUGAGGAUGGUAAUCAAGGGACAAUCAAGAGAUGUCCCUCAUCAGGGAGCCCAGCAAAGCCAUCCCACGUUCCACCUAGACCACCUCCCCCCAGACUACCCCCACAGAAGCCUGCUGCCUUAGGAAACGGAGUGAGCUCCUUCCAGCUAAAUGGUGAGCGAGACGGAUCAUUACAUCAGCAACAGAGUGAGCAUAGAGGCACAAACCUCUCCAGAAAAGAGAAGAAGGAUGUACCAAAGCCAAUUAGUAAUGGUCUUCCCCCAACACCUAAAGUGCAUAUGGGAGCAUGCUUUUCAAAGGUUUUUAAUGGCUGUCCCUUGAAAAUCCACUGUGCCACAUCCUGGAUAAACCCAGACACGAGAGGGAACUUUAGAAAAAGUAGCUGCAGACUCUGCCAGUCAGUCACACCCUCUGAUCAGUACUUGAUAUUUGGUGCUGAAGAGGGCAUUUAUACCCUUAAUCUCAAUGAACUUCAUGAAACAUCAAUGGAACAGCUGUUCCCCCGCAGGUGUACAUGGUUAUACGUGAUGAACAAUUGCUUACUAUCUAUAUCUGGUAAAGCCUCUCAGCUUUAUUCCCAUAAUUUACCAGGGCUUUUUGAUUAUGCAAGACAGAUGCAGAAGUUACCUGUAGCGAUUCCAGCACACAAGCUCCCCGAUAGAAUACUGCCAAGGAAAUUUGCUGUAUCAGCAAAAAUCCCCGAAACCAAGUGGUGUCAGAAGUGCUGUGUGGUAAGAAAUCCUUACACGGGCCAUAAAUACCUGUGUGGAGCACUUCAGACUAGCAUUGUUCUAUUAGAAUGGGUUGAACCAAUGCAGAAAUUUAUGUUAAUUAAGCACAUAGACUUUCCGAUGCCAUGUCCACUCCGGAUGUUUGAGAUGUUGGUGGUCCCUGAGCAGGAGUAUCCUCUGGUUUGUGUUGGGGUCAGCAGAGGGCGAGACUUCAACCAAGUGGUUCAAUUUGAGACCGUCAAUCCAAACUCUACCUCGUCAUGGUUUACAGAAUCAGAGUCAAGUGUGGUGGUACACACCUGUAAUCCCAGCACUUCGGAGGUGGAGGCAGGAAGAUCAGGAGUUCGAGACCAAUCUCAGCUACAUAAUACACCACAGACAAACGUCACCCAUGUAACCCAGCUGGAGAGAGACACCAUUCUUGUGUGCUUGGAUUGUUGUAUAAAGAUAGUGAAUCUCCAAGGAAGAUUGAAAUCCAGCAGGAAAUUAUCGUCAGAACUCACCUUCGAUUUCCAGAUAGAAUCCAUAGUUUGUCUACAAGACAGUGUGCUUGCUUUCUGGAAACAUGGUAUGCAAGGUAGAAGCUUUAGAUCUAAUGAGGUAACACAAGAAAUUUCAGAUAACACAAGAAUUUUCAGACUCCUUGGAUCUGACAGAGUUGUGGUUUUGGAAAGUAGGCCAACUGAUAACCCAACAGCAAAUAGCAAUUUAUACAUCUUGGCGGGUCAUGAAAACAGCUACUGAAGACAUGGUGUUCUUGACAGUGAUGUGUAGAGACAGUGACCUGGCCACUGCAGCACUCGUGGAUGCGUGGAGCUAUGCAGAAGUUGCAGGCACCUGGCUUCAGUUCCUUCUAAUUUAUUGUGGCAUGAGACAGAUGGGAGAAGUUUUUGUUUAAGUGGUAUGAUAUAUUUAGCAUAUUGAACCACACAAGUGCUUAAUUCAUUGUUAUGUAAUCUUUGUACAUAUAAGCAGUAUUUUUCUGUGAAACUUUAUUUGCUGAAGACAUACACUAAGAAUUGAUGUAGAUAAUGUACUUUUAUGAGAUGUAAAAGUGUCUUAUCUGUACAGAUGUAAAUGUUGAUUAAAUUGCAACUGGGGUUAAUAUUUUAAGAAUUCUUUAGUAUAUCCUUGGGUGUGGUUAUAUCACAAAAUGGGAUGCUGGCAAUGAAACGACAUUAACACUAUUGUAUUUUUAUUAUAUGUAAUUUAGUAAUAUGGAUAUAAAUCUUGUAACUUUUAAAAUGGUAACAAGCUGUAAUCAUUUUGUAAUCUUGUUUUUAAUUUUAAUGCAAGUGCACUGGUAUUUCUCCUUGCACAGAGUAUUGAUCUGUGAUGUACUGAGUCACGGGGAAAGCUGUGACGCCGUGAAUAUGCAUUUGGCUCCACAACAACUUUUUUUACAUGUGUUUGGAUCAUUUUCUAUGUGAAACAAGCCAAUUAACCACCUGUUGUAGUAACUGAUCCUUUUUGUAUUUAAGCAGAAUCGUGUAAGAUUGCUUGUCUGUGCUUAGGAUACACCUUUGAAAAAAGCUUCAAUCACCGAGUGGCGGUACCGUGAUAGAACACUGCCGUUGUCGUCUGGGUACAGUGUGCACCAAGACUACACUAGCACUGUUAAAGAGUUCACACUAGACAUUUCACAUCAUCACACUGAAACAAUGUCACAUUCCAGAGUGAAGUGAUCACAUUUCUCAUGGAACUUUUACUUUUGUUGGCCUUAUUUUAUCAUCACUUUCAUAUUUCUUUUGAUUUAGAAUAUUAAUACUGGCCAAAAUAAUUUAGUUUCUACCUCAUAUAAACAUUACAGUGGUUACUACACAUCACAGGAGCUUAGUUUGGUUAAAAUCAUCUUUGAUUGGUUUUUUCCAAUGGAAUGUAUCUAUCUUAUCAAUAAGAUAGAUAUCAAGUUGUAGCAAAAUGCACACUUAUGGCUCUUUUUGGUAUAUGUUCUUUAUAUUUUGAUGUGAGUAUGUAUACACUAAGAACAAACUAAAUUGUGAUUUAUGCUUUUCAUUUAUUUUAAUUGAUAAUGGUUUUAAAUAUGUUCCUGAUUGUAUAUACUGUAAAAUAAACAUGUUUUUUAACAUGCUGUUGAGUAGUUGUUUCUCAUCUGGCUUAACAGUGUUAAGGAGAAAUGCUUUGUUUUGCACUUAAGUCUUAAAUAUCCAAGUGCCCCCUAAAGAGUCGUCAUUAUUUGAUUUAUAUUUUUAAUAUAAUAUUCCCACAUUUGAGAAAAAGGCAUCUUUUGUAGAAUCUUGGAUUCUGUCAGGAAAAUCCAACACUCAUAGUAUUUUGGUUAGAGCAAGAGUUGACAUUACUAUCUUAAUCAUAUCUAGCCCACCCCCCUGUUCUGAUCAAUAAAGUUUUAUGAGAACACGCA